AUGUCGGCUGAUAAUUCGUCUCCUACCGUAAUGUCUGGAUGUGACGCGAUGACUGGAGUCUGCAAUGCCUCGACGAAUUAUGCAGCUCCAAAUAGGUUGUUACCAGUCUGUAAAGAAAACGUGUGGAAGAUAAACGAACAGAUGAAAAUACUGGAGAUAACUGGAGAUUUGGAACUGUGUCCGUGUCUGCGGACGAGCGAUUUCCGAAAGAUGACUAAAAUGAUGUGCCACGAGUAUUUUGUGGACGAUUUCGAAGUAGAAAUGACCGAACCGGUUGAUUCCAUGGACCUCCUUGUGGCGAUGUUUAAUGGUUUGAAUUUAGACGAGAAACGAGAAAUAAAGGAAUCUAAGAAAGAAAACUUUGUGAGUAUUAAUACUUCCAAACAGCCAUAA